AUGUCUGAACAGUCCACCGUAUCCCGACUGCUUCACUACGGCAGUCAAACGCGGGAUACUGCAACCGUCGGGCAGCACGUGCGGCUUCCGGGCGGCUCGUUCGCGAUGGUGUGUCGCGAGCCGAUCGGCGUAUGCGCGGCCAUCGGCGUCUGGAACUUCCCGCUGCUCACCGUCUGCUGGAAGGCGGGUCCAGCGCUCGCCUGCGGCAACACGAUGGUCUACAAACCAUCGCCGCUCACUCCGCUCACCGCGCUCAUCGUUGCCGAGAUAUUCGAGGACGCGGGGCUGCCGAAGGGCGUCUUCAACGUCGUGCAGGGAGCUGGGGAUACUGGAGACAUGCUUUGCCGUCAUCAAGAUGUCUCGAAGGUGUCCUUCACAGGCAGUGUUGCUGUUGGUUCUAGGGUAAUGGCAGCUUGUGCGAAAACAAUAACACCGGUGACCUUGGAGCUUGGUGGAAAGUCUCCGCUCAUUAUCUUCGAAGAUAGUGACAUCGACAAUGCAGUCAGAGGAACGUUAAAUGCCAACUUCCUUUCCCAGGGACAGUCUCUAAAGUCUCGAUCUGAAGACAUCAUAGGUUGUCCUGGAGUUACACAUCCAGAUGUUCGUCCUUCUUCAUGA